AUGGAGGACGAGACCGUACACCCGAGAGUCCGGGAGCUGCUGGCGGUGCCUCAGCCCGCCCAACGUACGGAAGAAUGGUUCGAGAUGCGUUGGGGUAUGCUCACGGCGAGCGAUCUGGCGGCCGCCAUCCACCUGAACCCGUACGAGAGCCAGUUCGAUCUCCUGCUGAAGAAGUGCAACGUCGGCAAACGUUUCGAGGGCAACGCGGCGACGGCGUACGGCGCGUCUUUGGAAGACGAGGUCGUCGCCAAGUUCUGCGAGAAGACCGGGUGGAGGCAUUUCGAUGCGGGGCUGUUGCGGCAUCCCGUCCACGACUUCCUAGGGGGCAGCCCCGACGGUCUCCUCAGUAGCGCCGACGGGAAGCGGUUCGCUAUGCUGGAGAUCAAGUGCCCGUUCAGGAAGGAGAUCGUGGACGAGAUUAGCGGCUACUACUAUCCUCAGAUGAGUGGUCCGGAUCAGUCGUCCCUCUCGUGCAUCUUGUGCAUGGAGAUCUGCGACGCCGACUCCUGUUGGUUCGUCCAGUACCGCCCCGCCAGGAACUUCUGGGAGGACGAGAUCAUGUCCAUCAUCGAGGUCAAGAGGGACCGGGAGUGGUUCGCGGAGAAACUCCCUAUCGCCCGUGCCUUUUGGGACGAUGUCCUGUACUAUAGGUCCCACAUGUCGGAACUCAUGCGCCUGGUAGAAGGCAAGAAGCGCAAGAGGAGCCCCGCAGAGAAGACGGUCACGAUCGGGGACGAAGGAGUGCCGCCGGAGCGGGCUCGCUGUUUGAUAGACUUCGACGAGACCGACGCGUCGCCCGGGCUCGACGCGCCCGUACCGUCGUGCCUCAUAGACUUUUGA